GUAUGUUUGCAAACGUGUUUGCGUGAAGUAUUUCAGUGCCGUUCGAGAAACUAUCGGAACAUGGGUUUGAAACUGCGUCGUUUCUUCUUGAGAUUCUGGUCUAGAAAAGAGAGGCCAUCCAGAAUGGUUCUGACUGUGACAGAGGACACGCCGGCAGACAUGCUGGCCGGAAGUAUGGAGCUUCUGAUCCAGUUGCCAAGGGAGCAUCAUUAUCAGACUCAGAGGGUUAUGGUGCAAAGAAGCACUCCGAUGAUGGACCUCCUUGUGCAAAUCGCCACGGCUCACAAGUUGACGGCAUCGAGCUAUACCCUGCAGGCAAUAGGGGAACGUGGAAUGGUCUUACCUCAUCAACCGAACACCCCAAUUGGCGCGCUGGAUGCGCUUCAGGUAAAAUUACAACUAAAACAGGGCACCGUUGUACCAAAGAAAACGAAGUACCCCAACCAACCGUUUGAAACGACGUUCAGGUUACAGGUGCAUUUGCCUAGAAAUCAGCUGUACGUCUCCAGAGUCAGUCCCAAAAUGAACUUAGGCGAAAUUUUGGACGAGGUCUGCAGGGAGAAGAAUUUGGACAGGGACAAAUAUGAGCUGCGUCAUCCAGGUACAUUGCUUCUUAGAUCACUAACCCACAGAAAGAGAACAUUUUCGUUUGUGCGAAUAUUUGACCAUAAUGAAUUAUGGAUUGUGUUAAAGCUGACUUCUGAUGAGACUGCCGGUGACUCUGGGAAGGACAAGGUCGUGAUCAGUCAUAGUCGCAACAGCAGCGAUAGUUCCGGUUACCACGAGGCUUCGGUAUUGAGUGACAAUCCCGAUUCAGCUGGGAGACUUCCUGAAACAUUGCCUAGAAGAAACAGGGUACCUGCAGAGACGUCUAGGAAACUGGCGCAGACUUCCCAAUCCAGCAAAAGCCUCGGCAAUUUAACUGCUGUUUCUGCUACGCUAACUCGUGGAGUUAGCAACACCUCUCUUAGUUCUGCAGGUCUACGAAAAAAGAGAGCAGCACCUCCUCCGCCAGUAACGAGACCCCUGUCGUCCGCCAUUUCUACCCAAGCAUUGGAGCGCAUAGUCGAUUCCGAGGAGUCCUUAACGUCAGACAUGGACCCCUCCAAGCCCCCGUCGGACAUUGGCGUUCCCUUUAAAUCAAGUUCAGACAUAGAGGAAUGUCCGAAAGCCAGCUCAGACAUUGGAGUAACAACGAAGGCAACAAAAUUGCCGUCAACAAUAACAGAACCUUCUACUCCAAACAUGAAGCAGAAAUCGAGCGAAUUGGACGUGGAACCUCAUCUAAGACUAGAGUCCCUAAAUGUUAAGUCGCCAUUCAUCGCUCCAGGAGGCACUGUACCUGUAAAAGACGCUCCCGUAGACGCUAGAACCCAAAAACGAGUUGGAGUGCCUAUUCCGCAUCCCAAGCCUAGACAAACAACCAAUGUCGCAUAUAUGAGACCUCAAGUGCCACAACGCAAGGUAGGACCUUCCUCGUUGAGUAGAACCCUCCACGCGGACUUCAGUAAAGUAGCUAGCAGCUCCACUAGUGACACAAAUACAGACAUCGUCGAUGAAGAAUACCCCAGCGCUGACAGCAUUAAUUCUAGAACUCCGACUAUGCUUGAUAAAAAAAUUAAAGAUUCUGAAAAGGUAGAAGUAGCUUCCAACUAUUCCUCCAGCGAUGACGACGUGUUCUUGACACCUAAAACUGAUCACAAUCAGUUAUUCUUUCGUGAAGAUUCAAUAGCUAUGAAAGGAAACAAUGAAACACAGUCACCUAAUACAUUGGAACUAGUCGAGGAUGAUGGAACCGCUGCUAAAGAGGAGUCUAGUACCGAAAAAAGUGAAGAAGAAAUAGAAAGGCAGAGUAAUAAAAGUACUCUAAUUCAACAGAAUUCCAUAACCUCCAAAAAGAGUCUUGGACAGGAAAGGAAGUUGAGUGCUGUGGUGAUUUCAACUAUUCCAAAAUGUGAUCAUUUGAUUAUUGAUAAACAACCGAUAUUGAAGACUUGGAAAGGAAAGAAGAGGCAGGAAAGUGAUGCUUUAGAAAUUGAAGCAGAGGUUGAUGGGAUUGGGGAUAAAGUUGGGAAAGGUAUGAAAGACUCCAAGAGAGCUAGGAUCCCCCGGAUGGCGUCCAAGUCUAACGAUUUUGAGACCAACACCUUAGAAAAGCAGAAGAGAUAUUUAACUUCUCACUUGGACGACAUCGCUUUUGCUUUGAAUUUUAAUGUGGCGUCCAAUUCUUUACUGUCUGACCAAUCGAAGGAGUCCAAAAGCGAUGUGCAGUUAUCGGAACAGAAGAAAAUUGGUUCUCAAGGUGGAGCAGACGCGAGCCUCUCUGACACGGAUGUCUUGCUGCAAAAGGUGUCCGACACCCUAUCGAAUACUCUGCCAGUUUCAACCCUCGAUGAAGUAUCUGUUGAAGGAUUCGUCUCACCUGCCGAAGUAAAACCAAAAACGACGAAUAUUUCCAAAGAAGCAGACUUUUCUAUCGCAAAGGAGUCCACGAAAAAGCAAUACGCACAACAAAACAACAGCUUGCUAGAAAAGUCGAUGGUCAACACUAGUGCUGGAUACUUGGCUAUCAAUUCGCAACAAGAUACAUCAGACUACGUCUCAGCAGCUGAUGAAGACUUGUCAAUUUCUGACUGGGAGUAUCAGCUGCCAGCUCCACCUAGUGCCUUCAGAGACGCAGCUUCUCCAGUUCAUGAUAACGUUGAUGCCGUUCCUUCAUCGACUGAGUCCUUUACAGAUACCAAAAUAAACAAGGAAGAAACUGAAGUUGGGGUAAACCUUACGCAGAAGACCCCAGAAAGGAAUAAAGUAGACUCUAGACAUUCUUUGGAGGAACAGGCAACAACAUCAGGAGCUGAGAACCUCUUAGAAAAUAAAACCAAGGAAGAAAUGCCCCAAAGGAAAUCUGUCAAUAAGCAGAAAUCAGAUAUCAACUUGAAAAAGGAGGUGAUCUUGGAACUGGAGAACAAAAUAGGAACAUUGCCUCAGGGUACCAAAGACUCCGACUUCAAAAGAAUUUCUGACUCUUCGACCCCCAAAAUUGCACCCAUAGACAACACUCUUUCAAAUUUUACUAUUACUACAUACUCGAGGCAAAAAAGUUUAAAUAUAUUUGAGGAAGCCGAUGAUAAAUCUCCUCAGAGUAGUUCAAACGAUAGGUACGUUAAGUCGUUUGCGACGUUGUCCAGGAACAGGAGCAAUUUCGAUGAAACGGAAGACAAAAAUCUAAAGGAUUUCACCGGUGGAACGUUGCAGGGAAAGAAGAGGGCGAACGAAGGUGAUACAAUUGAAAAGAAGCUAGAACCAAAAAUUCAAACGGAGUCGCACAGGUGGAACUGUAACGAAAAGGAUAAUAUUCAGAGGUCUAAUAGUUGUGUGUCUGUAUGCGACAAGUCCAGGUUUCAGGGAAAAUCCCCUAAAGAUGAGGAUAGUAGAUGUGGUGGAAACUUGGCGGAAGUAGACGGCGUUAGGAUAGAAAAUGCGAUAAGUAGUACUAACUUAAGUACACCGACGGUUAAGAGCAUAGAGAAAUUCUCCCAAUGGAGGGACAAUAUUUUGAAGAAGCAGGAAGAACCAACCAAAGAAAAGCAGCUGCAGUCUUUACAGGUAAUGAAAAGCAUUUUGCCCCGGUUGAAAAAUGCUCAACAGGUGGAGGAAAAUGUGCCCAAAGAAUCUGAUGAUACAGUAUUAUCCAAGAAAACAAGAUCAGAGAUCACGUCUCAUGAACAUUCGAUUGACUCGAAUACACCUUUAACUCAUGACUCUCAAAGAGCACAGAGUAAUAAAACAUCAGAGGCAGAGUCCAAGAAAUUAGCAGCGGAGACAAAUGCGAAGCGUUACACUUACUUCGGCCCACCUACGAUCAACUUAGGUAGCUGGUCAGAGCGACCAAGUGUUAACGUCCAAAUAAAAAAGGACGCUGACUACAAAUUAGGAUCUAGCAAAGCCAGCAAUAAAACCAUUGUAAAUAUAAAUUGCACGAGGGAUGAUAUAGAUAACCUAAAUUUCACCGAAGAUAGCAAACUCCCUAGGAAAGUUGAAGAUUCAUCUUUGGACAGGAAGGAUCCAAACGACCUAACCAGAAAACUCAUAACGCACACGAUGGCAUCAGGUUUUAAAAAGCCACUCACGAAUAAGGUUAAUCUUAAACAAGAAACCGUAAGCAACGAUAAACCUGUUGUAACAGGAGUAGAAUUAAAGAAAAGUUAUGUCGAAGAUAAACAAGACGACAAUGAGAUCGACAUGUCUCCUGUAAACUUUAAGAAGCUGUCGAAGGCGUGUGGUCAGGAUGUUUCUCUUCAUUCGAAAUCCAAAAAAUCCACCGUAAGUCGACGCUCGGACCCUCAAUUGGAGUCAUAUGCCAACAAACAUAAUGGACAUGUUACUUCUGAGAAGAUUAGCGUUACUAAUGACGAGUGCUUGACGAAUCAGGAUAGUUCUAAAUCCAAGAGGUUUACUUUGAUAGUGGGUAUACAUCCUCAGAACCAGAGGAACUUCGCCUAUAGAAAUGGUGUCGGUGUAAAAAGCAGUCAGGCGAUGCCUAUCGUGAAAGGGUUCAAAGUUUCAAAUUCAACCAUGGAUGACCAGGAAAACCAAAAAGAAUGUACAAAAGCCAUGUCCACAGAGUCAAAUGGUGUUCAUCAACCACCAAGUCCUCCAACGAUGCCUGUCAUUAUGGGUGUCACUUUGAAGAAUUCUAGGCCGAAAUUUAUGCCGGUCCAGGUGAAUCCCAGGGAUGUGCUAUUGGAGUCGAUAAGAAGUUUUGGAGGCCGUGAAAAUUUGAAAAACGCUACGGAAAGAUGUUAAACGAGGAUGAUAUUCAUUUCAAUAACGCCAGGAGGAACUGGCAGCCAAGGAUACCACCCAGGAGACCUCUCGGUGCUCUCGCAAAGCUGUAGUAAUAAGAUAUGAUCGACAGCUAGUGAUAGGAAGGAGCCUUAAAGUGCUCCAAAAAGCAGAAACUUAUUUAUGUAUUUUUUUCUCUUGCUGAAUUAACUUUUUAUAACCCCAAGUGCUUUUGAUGCCAUUGUCCACAUUUUUAAAAUCUAAAUUGAGCGUUCCAUCAAUUUGUACCUGGUGGAUAGAAUUUGGAAUUUAUCUUUCAAUUAAUGUUCUGUUAUCAGCGUUUAUCAACACUGUUUAUUGUAUCAUUUAUCUUGAAAUUUUCUUGAAAUUUGGGUUAUAGAGUGUUAAUUUUCCAACUUGAACGGUUCAGUUGCCAAUAUGCUGGCAUUAAUCGCACCCUUGUAAAUAUCUCGUGUAAAAAGUCGGGUAACCGAUAAAUAUGCGUUGUCGAUGGAAAAUGUACAUAUCACUUAGACGUGUAAAUGUUUCCGAUCGAAGCAAAAGGAUUGAGGGAAGGAAAGUCAUUUAUUAUUGUGUCCAAAUAGUCAACGGACCGACUAAGUUCGAUUCGAAACGAUUUUGCUCAUUAUGCGAAUGCAGUCUGUGCAGUUUUUUUUUUGUUGUUAAGUUUUUCCUUUAUUUUCUAGUUUUAGUUCAGCCAUUCGGUUCCAACUCCGGGAAAGUCCCGAAACGGUUGAAUCAAUGUCGACUAACACGUCCUAAUCUUUAUAAUUAACAUUAAGUUUCUAUCAGUGGGACCAAAGGUGACAUCAUUUAUAGUAUAUACUGUACAACGAAUCUAGGUAGAGUAGGUGUAUGUGUGAGGGGUUGUGUACAACUAUCGAGUACGUUGUUUUCAAUUCUUUGAGGUAAAUAUUUGUAUCGGUUGUGACUCUUGGACCAAUUGGAAAGGUUGUGCUUGUUCAUGUUUCUAUUAAAUCUUACGAAACAAGAAAAAACGAACUCUUUUUGUUAGUAAAUUGUAGGCAAUUAUGAUAAUGUUUCAACAGUUGAAUGGGAAAAUAUAUUGUUGUUUGUGUUGAACAUUGUUGUUUUGCAGAACAGGCAAUUUGGAAAUGAUUACUGUCGUUAGUCAAGAAACUUCAAACCUAAUGUCUAGUUACUAUACGUAAAUGGCGAUCACAUUAGAGUGUGGCAUGCAUUGUACUAUAAAUAGCAUGUAAUGUCGAUACUGUACUUAAUACCUUCCCAUAACAAAUAUAAUAUUACUUCGACAAUUCUAUUUAUACACGUUAUCAUUUAUUGUUCUAUUAAAGUAAUACGAUAA